UGGGAGGAGAGGGAGGAGAAGGAGGCGAUUCUCCUCUGUCUCUCUCUGAGUUUCUUUGCAUCUCCUUUCCUACUGUUCGUAGUCUUUAUCUCCAUCCCCAUCAGCAAUUAAAAAUUAGAAAUAAACCCCUAACAUCACUGUUAACUAAUUAUUUUGAAUUCGUUCUCCCUAAUUAUUAUAAAUAACUCCACCCCGCUUUCCCCCAAAAUCACUCUUCCCUCCUUAUCCAACCACCUCCACGGCCCACCCCGCCACCAACACCGCCAAAAUGAUCCACCAGUACCACCUCCUCCUCGCUUCCUGCAUUCUCCUCCUCUCUCUCCCAUUCCCCCUGUCUCCGCCUCCCUUCCUCGCCGCCGGCGCCGGCGCCGGCGCGUUCCUCCACCCCAACUCCACACACCAUCCCUACGCCCACCCCGACCCCGAAUCCGUCGUCCGCGAAGUCCAAAGGCAAGUGGAGACCUCUCGGCGGCGAGCUUUGCUCGAGGCCAAGAACAAGGACCUGGCGUCGGGCUCGUGCCUGACCGGCAACCCGAUCGACGACUGCUGGCGGUGCUUCGGCGACUGGCAGUCGGACCGGCAGCGGCUGGCGGACUGCGGCCUGGGCUUCGGCCGCGGCACCCUGGGCGGCAAGGGCGGCCCUAUCUACGUGGUCACCGACCCCUCGGACAACGACCCGGUGAACCCGGCCCCGGGCACCCUCCGCUACGGCGCCAUCCAGGAGGGCCCCCUCUGGAUCGUCUUCACCGCCGACAUGACCAUCCACCUCAAGGAAGAGCUCCUCGUCAACAGCUUCAAGACCAUCGACGGCCGCGGCUUCAACGUCCAGAUCGCCGACGGCGCCUGCAUCACCCUCCAGUACGUCUCCGACGUCAUUCUCCACAACCUCCACAUCCACCACUGCGUCCCCACCGGCGAGGCCAACGUCCGCUCCUCCCCGACCCACUACGGCUGGCGCGGCCGAUCCGACGGCGACGGCGUCUCCAUCUACAGCGCGCGCAACAUCUGGGUAGACCACUGCUCCCUGUCCUACUGCGCCGACGGCCUGAUCGACGCCAUCAUGGGCUCCACGGCCAUCACCAUCUCCAACAACUACUUCUCUCACCACAACGAGGUGAUGCUCCUCGGCCAUAGAGACGACUACUUGCCGGAUUCCGGGAUGCAGGUGACCAUCGCCUUCAACCACUUCGGUGAGGCGCUGGUGCAGCGAAUGCCCCGCUGCCGCCUCGGGCACUUCCACGUCGUCAACAACGACUUCUCCCAGUGGGAGAUGUACGCCAUCGGUGGCAGCGCCAACCCCACCAUUAACAGCCAGGGCAAUCGCUACACCGCCCCUUCCGACCCCAACGCCAAGGAGGUGACCAAGAGGGUGGACACGGACGAGAAGGACUGGGCCGGGUGGAACUGGAGGACGGAGGGAGACAUCAUGGUGAACGGAGCCUUCUUCGUGCCCUCCGGGGAGGGGCUCGAGGUCACCUACGCCAAGGCCGAGAGCCUCGACCCCAAGCCGGCCGCCCUCAUCGACCAACUCACCAUGAACGCGGGCGUCCUCGGCGGCCCCAGGGAUAACGAGGUGGGGACGGGCUAUUCUGGGGUCAACAAUGGAGGCUUGACGGCAGACGGCGGAGGUGGUGGGGCCGGUGGUGGGGCCGGUGGUGGAGCAGGAUAUGGAUACCUUGGGAUGGUGUUUGGCAGCGGCGCACCAUCAUCUCCUUCACACUGCCACUCCAUUUUACUUUUGUCUUCCUCUUUAAUUGUUGCUCUCUUCUCUAUACUGUGCUUGCAUCCUUCAUAGUUGUAGACCUCGAAAGAUAAAUUAUUUAUGAAAGAAGUUUAGAUGAAGAAAUAUAGAUCAUCUUACAAGUUCAUGAUAUUGAAAUUUAUUUACUGUCAUUUAAUAGGAACUCUAGGAGAGCUCGCUUGUGUAUACUAAUUACUAUUAUGAUCAUACUAGAGAAUAUAGAGUUGAG